AUGAACAGUUUUUCGAACCUUCUGUACUUUCGUUCCAGCAAGCUAGCUAUUGUGGACGAUUCUGGAGUACUGACCAUGCAUCUGACAACAGAUGGUACGCCCAAUGGAGGUGCUUUGCUAGAGGACCGCCAAAAAUUGAACGACUUCGUCCGCAAAGAUGUCUGGGAUAUUCGGUUUUCCGAAGACAACCCAGACAUGUUUGCCAUAAUGGAAAAGACGCGAAUGUUCAUCUUCGACCGACUGCAAGCAAGCGAUACAGUACAGACGUCCACUUUUAUAUGCAGCUUUCAUAAUUUGGAAGUCUUGGGUGUGCUCCUGGACGAACUGGUGGCACUUGAAGACCAACCAUCAAAGGAUUGUCUUUUGCGUGUACCAGUGAAG